CCUGUCUGGAAGGGCACUGCACUGGGAGGCCAAGGAAAGGAGGUCAGUCAAGGACCUUACUCCUCGGGAGGGACCCAGAGCCACUGAGAUUCGGGAGGCUACGCUGGCCUGUUUGGCUGGGCAUCCAAGCGGGUCGGAGAGUUCAGUCAUGUUCGCCCACGCGGUGAAGCGCAAGACUAAGACCCUUCGCUACUAAGUUCCCAUGUUGUUGCUGAUUGUUGGAGGUUCUUUUGGUCUUCGUGAGUUUUCACAAAUCCGUUAUGAUGCUGCGAAGAUUAAAAUAUAGGGAAGCCCUUCCCAUGAAGUUACUCAUGACUUAAAGCAAUUUGGUAAAUUAUACUUCUGUGAGUCUGGCUACGUGGCAACAAGUCUCCCCCAGUAUACCAGGUCCAUACUGGUUUUCAGGCUUAUUCUCCUGAAUUCCUCAGGGAAUGAGAUCUUUCUUAUACAAGACUUGGAUCCAGGACUUGGAACUUGGGAUUAUUUCCAACUCGGUAUCCAUGCCCCAAAUCAAGGUGAGAUAACGCUUCAGAGCGGCAGCCAGAACCACGACUCCCAGCAUUCCUGGCGCUCGCCGCUCUCCUGGCUUCCUCUUCCGGUUCGGGGGCUACUGAAACCGAAAGUGCGGUGCUGUGGCCGCCGCCGGGGUGAUUUUCACCUUCGCCUGCGCGAACCCUCGCUGACCCAGGUUGGGAAGCCAGACAAGAGUAAAAUAUGAACGGAAGAGUGGAUUACUUGCUUACUGAGGAGGAGAUCAAUCUCACUAGAGGACCCUCAGGGCUGGGCUUCAACAUCGUCGGUGGCACAGAUCAGCAGUAUGUCUCCAAUGACAGUGGCAUCUUCGUCAGCCGCAUCAAAGAGAACGGGGCUGCAGCCCUGGAUGGGCGGCUCCAGGAGGGUGAUAAGAUCCUCUCGGUAAAUGGCCAAGACCUAAAGAACCUGCUGCACCAGGAUGCUGUAGACCUCUUUCGUAAUGCAGGCUAUGCUGUGUCCCUGAGAGUGCAGCACAGGUUACAGGUGCAGAAUGGGCCUAUAGGACAUCACGGUGAAGGGGAGCCAAGUGGUAUUCCCAUAACUGUGGUGGUGGUGCCAGUGUUUGCCCUCAUCAUGGUAGCAGCCUGGGCCUUCAUGAGAUACCGGCAACGACUUUGAAAAGCUUGCUUUCUUCUAGUGCUCCCAAAGAAGAAGAUACAUUUCUCUCUUUCUCUCACCCUCCUCCCCUGCCAUUCUCCUAUAACUUUCCCUCUCUCUACAUAGCCAACACACAAUUUAAAGGGACUGCUACCCAACCAGAACCUUGCUGCUCGAAAUCUCUAAAUCCUCAUAUUCUCGUGGGAGAGUAAAGGCAUUGUUUGAAGGAAAGCUGAAAGAAGGACUUGCUUAGAACAAAUGAAGAGUUAUAUAUUUUACUAGGACCACCAAUAGAAGUUCAGCUGCAACCCAGAGAGGAAGAGGUCCAGUCUUCCCAUCACCAUGCGUGAUUCCUUUUUUCUUACCUGGCAUGUGUCAAAGAUCAGCUGUAAUAAGAGGAAGAAAGGAUUUUUCUCUUUAAUGAUCUUCGUUGGGAAGUUUUUGUGGCCUUUAUUUAAUUUCUAACUACCUACUUGGGCACCUACUUUGUAUCAAACAAAGGUGAAUGAGAAGAGAAUUUCUACUUUUUUAAAAAAGCAAAUAUAUAUAUACACACACACACACACACACACACACAUACGUAUUCAUAUAUGAUAGUAUAAUAGUGAUGCCUUAUGGAGAAUUAAAGAGGUAGAAAGCAACUCUGGUUUCUGGGUUUCUGAUGUAAGAAUUAAGGGAUAAUCUCAAUUGAAGAAUUCGAUACAUAGCGGGAGUGAGAGAGUGAGCCUUAAGAGAGGAUGCAACUAAUUAAAAAUCUUAGAACAAUAUUUCUUCUCAUAAUAGCUGUGGUGAAGUUGAGGUAAAAUGCCAUAAUCCAGCUUCGUGCAAGUCAGUCUGUUUAAAAAACUCGGGAGAUGUAAAUAUAAACCUUACUAAUCUCUGGGCUACCCUAGUGACUGUUUUGGUACCUUACAGACCUGUUAAAGGAUCAGCUGGAAUGACUGUGGUCAGAGCUAUAACUAUGGCGAUGGGGCCAAACCAACCCAGUGAAAAAACUCAGGCUGUCUACCAGUCUUUCCUGUUUCUCCUAACAGGCAAAAUCUGAGAAAGGAGCUGCUCCCAGCAGGAUGGGCAUGAAAUCAGCUCUGCUUCAAUCCAGUUAAGUUGAAAGGGUUUGGAUUGCUACUGUUUUUUGAGAGGUUCUGAACGCUGGUUAUGGCUUUUAAUGAAUAAAUCAUUUUGCGGGGAAGGGGAAGAAAAGAGUUUUGUUUGUUUUAGGGGCUAGGGAAGUUUGGUGGAUGUUUCAAGGGGAAACCUUAUGGAUGAAUGGAUGUUAGGGAAUACCAAGGAUAUAAAUGAGGUGGGAACCCUCCUGUUCAUGUGGUAUUGAAGGUUGGUUUUAAAGCACUAAGGAGAGCUGAACCAAGACUUAAUUUUCUGGCUUAAAGAAGAUCAUUUGCAUCCUCUAAAUAUACUGGCCAGGCUAUAGGCUUUAUAUAAUCUUGACAGCAAGAGUAUGAAGACUUUCCCUCAGGCAGUCAGUUGUGUCCAAUUUUUAGCAUGGAUGAUCUGGUAAGAAUUUUAUAAAUGUUGAUUGGACAUCAGCUUUGUUAUGACUUUUACAAAGAAGCAAAAUACAUAGCCUCCAUUCCUAAAGGGUUUUUUUUGGGUUCCAGUUGAGAAGAGAACACCUUUACACAUAAAAUAAUAUACAGUUACCUCUAUAGGCAGGGCAAUGUAAGUUAGUGUCAAAUUUAUAUUGCAAACCAAAGGGAACGGUUACUGAGAAUAGAGGCACUUGAGAAAGUUCCGUGGAGGAAGGGGACAAGUUAAGGACCCUUGAGGAGCUCACAGUCAAGAGAAUUCAUAAAUAGAUGAGAAGUUAAAAGUAUAUCAUCAGGUUAAGUAAUAGUUGAGAACAAUAAUAAAAGAAAUGGUACUUUUCAGAGUAUGAUGCAGCUACAAAGACGUGCAGACACAUUUUCUUUUUUCUUUUUUUUUUUUUUUAGGAAUUCAGAAAAAGCUGUCACAUAAUGGCAUCAGGCCAGAGUGGAAAGGGAAGGCUUUUAAAAAUAAAAACCCCAGUUAAGACCUUGCCUCUGGGUCACCUAUUGGCAUAAGAAGAAACUUGCUGUAAACAAUCCUAAGAGGAUUUCUGACUUCAGACCUGAACUGUUCAGUACCUCUGAGACUCACUUAGACAACUGCAUUCAUAGGUUCCAUGGAGAAACAAAACCCUAACAGUAUUCCAGUUCUGACCUCAACCAGCCCCUCUGUGGAGGCACAACCUCGGGUGCCCUCCCUGUAUCUGGAGGAAUGUGCAGCAGCUUCUGCAAUGGGCCUGCUUUCCUCCCAGGAUUCCUUUCGGGGUUUGGACAUUAACUCCUGAGAGGACCUUGAGACAUACAAAAGGAAGCAAAUGGCAAGCAGGAAGGAAAGCUAUUUUGUUUUUUGUUUGUUGGUAUAUGUAAAUAAAAACACCUAUCCUAUCCCAUCAUUGGUAGAGGUUUUGCUUUGGUUGAUAAUAGGGAUUCCAAUGCACUUUAAUAAUUCAGGUUUUCUCUGGAAUUAAAUAGCAUUUAAAGAUCAAUAUAGUAAAGGUUUAGGCAAGUAUGCUACUUCAAUUAUAUUCUUAUUUCUGAUUCUCUAGAAAAUUAAAUUAUUAUGAUGAAGUAUUGGAGCCCAUUGUAGGUCAUUACAAAAUUCAUCCUAUUUAUAGAUUGAAUCUAACAUUUCUAUCACUUUAUCGAUUGUAGCUAAUAUUCUUCCCACCUAAAUUACUAUGUUCAAAGUUUUAAAAAUUGAAUGAAAAUCUUUUUUAAGACAUUUACUCAAAACACUUCUCUACAUUUAUCAUCCUAUAUUAUACAUACAAUUCUAAUAAGACAUUGUUUGCUUCAGUCGUCUCUCUUUUCUUUUCCUGCCAAGUUUUAACCAAUGCUAUUGAUUUAACUUAAUCACACCAUCUAGACAUGUAUAAUAGAAAAAGGAAAUUAAUACCUGUUACUACAUUCUGUGCCAGGUACUAAACUAAACCCUGAUUGGUAACACUGUUUCUUCAUGCCUCACAACUCUGAAGUCUAAAUAUUGUUAAAAAGACACUACAGAGAAUAAAUUGUUCUACUAAGAUUGCAUAGGUGGUAAUAAUAGAAUCAGGAUUUAAACUUAGGACUUCAGGUGCCACCACCAAUAUUUCCUUACUGGCAGUGGUUCUCAAAGUGAGGUCUCUGGACAAAAACAUCAGCAUUACCUGGGAACUUGUUAGGAAAGCAAAUUCUUGGGCUCUACCCUAGACCUACUGAAUCAGAAAUUGAGUAGGGCACCCAGCAAUCUGUUUUAAUACUCCUUCCAGGUGACUGAUGCACAUUAAAGUUUGAGAAUCACUGCUGUAUGCCAAUAGUCACCCUUUUCUCAGGUUAGAAUCACCCAGAGAGCUGAUAAAAAUUCUGAUGCCCAGGCUGCACCUAGAUCAAUUAAGCAGAAUCUCUAGGGGUGGGACUACAGCAGCAGUAAAACAGAGUUCAUCAUGUAAUUCCAGUGUGCAGUGUCAGAAAAAAAAAACGCUCUGGCAUUUAAACCUAGACACUAUUUAAAUUAUUGAAUUACAUACGGGCAUUGCUCCAGCCAAAAAUGAGAAUUUCACUUGGGCCUUUUUGGAGCCCAGCUCUCCAUUAGCUUCUGCCUCAAGUAUAGAUGUGGAAUAAGAAGUGGAGCAGUAUUUGGCUUCUGAUUUGCAAACUCCAGCAAAAUGUAUUAGUGAGCAUGUCAGUGUGUGCAUCUAUUAAAUUAAAACCAAAUCAUAGAACAUUGGAGCUGAAAGAUUCUAGGAUGAAUCUGUCUUAAAGAUGAGAAAAUCAAGGUUCAGAGACAUGAACUAACUUAACCCAGAUCAAAGACAGUCUGUGGCAGAGGUGCCCUUUCUGUCUCAUAUAUAUGUCUUGAAUGUAUCCACUAUAUGAACAUAGACAAAACUAUCCUUUUUAUCUCAGUCCACUUCCAUCUUCUUUCUUUGGGCCUUGAAUAAAAAUCAGAAGAACUGAUUUGACAGCUGAAGGGUAUUGCAAGCAUCAUGCAGAAUUGGGAGAUUACACAGAGUAAUCUGAGAAAGACCUUGUAUCAAAUUCAAUCAGAUGAGCUCUUCUGAGACUGAUUCCAAUAGUUCAAAACUAGAAAAGUUUUUUUUUUUUUUACAGUGGACAUUGUUUUUGUUGUGUAGAUGAGCAAUUUUUAAAAUAUUUUUUAAAAUGAAACAACAUAAGGUUCUCAACUAUGUGGGAGAGUAGAGUUCAUGUAAUUUCAUGUGAAGCCAAUAAAGAUUUUAUUCUAAUCUAUUUUAGUUGAAAUUUAUCUUUGGACAGAUGAGAGUUCUUUUCUUCAUUCAACAAAUGAGUGCCUACUAUGUGCUAGGUGCUGAAAAUACAAAUAUAAAUUAAAUAUGGUCACUCUAAUCUGAAAUAGCUCAUCAUCUGAAAGUGGGGGAGUAUUUGUUGGUGAUCUUGAUGUUAAAGUAUUUUUCUGAUAUCACCUAGAAAUAGUAGAUUGAGUUGUGAAGCUCUUUACCUCUCAUUUAUAAUAGGUUUACAGUUGGUUGCUAUCCUGGGGUAAGCCCCUUUUGCUGUUUCUCUUUUUAUCUGCAAAUCUUUUUGAGACAAGCACUAACAUCCAAAAGGGCAAUUGCUAUCAAAAGGAAGACAGUAUUUUAAGGAAUUCUCUUCUGAUCAGAACCAAGUUCUUAACAGCCAUAGUCUCUUGCCUGAUGUUGAUAUUUAUAGAGAGGCUCCAAAGCACUUGAUCUGCUUACCUGAUACACUUGAUGAUACUGUAAUAACCUAUAUGAUAAGAAAGCAUUGUUGUGUCUAAAGAAUCAACUUAUAGCAACCACUAGGUCUUGUUUCUAAAUGUUUUCCUUACUGUUCAUAUUCUCUUUCUUUUUGCAGGGGAAAAGGGGAAAGGGAGAGAGCUGAAAUGUGGUUUCAAAUGCAAGUCAAUCAUUAACAGAGUCAUUUACAAAAGAACUUUGUAUUUACUGUAAUCAUUAAAUUGCUUGACCAGUCACAGGAAAAUGGGUGAUCCUUCUUACUAGUUUGCAGAUUUGCAAAUGGAAUCACAAAAUUGAAUCCCAUUUUAAUUCUGUAUCGGCAAUGCUGAUUUGAAUAUGAGUUUCUUAUUACUGUUUUUGACGUUGAACAUUGUUUUUGUUGUGUAAAAUACAUGCGCAUUUUACCUCCAA